CCCUCCCCUCCCGCCCGUGUUGUCGCGGCGGCCCUGAGAUGGCGGCGGUGGCGGCGGGCGCGUCGGGCUCGGCGGCCGGCGCGGCCCCUCAGCAGCAGCCGCCGCCUCAGCAGCAGCCGCAGCCGGCGGCGGGCGGCGCGGCGGGCUCCGGGGAAGCGGGCGGCGGCGGCGGCGCGGGGGCCGGUGGAGGAGGAGGUGGCGGCGGCGGUGCUGGGCCCGCGCCGGGGUCGGGGUCGGGCGGCGGCGCGGCUGGGGGGGAGUCGUGGUACCUGGCGCUGCUGGGCCUGGCCGAGCACUUCCGCACGUCCAGCCCGCCCAAGGUGCGGCUCUGCGUGCACUGCCUGCAGGCCGUGCUGCCCCGCAAGCCCCCGGCCCGCAUGGAGGCCCGCACCCACCUCCAGCUCGGCUCCGUCCUCUACCACCACACCCGCAACGGUGAUCAGGCCCGCGGGCACCUGGAGAAGGCGUGGUUGAUAUCCCAGCAAAUUCCCCAGUUUGAAGAUGUUAAGUUUGAGGCAGCCAGCCUUCUGUCUGAACUGUAUUGUCAGGAGAAUUCAGUGGAUACAGCAAAACCUCUGUUACGCAAAGCCAUUCAGAUUUCACAGCAGACUCCAUACUGGCACUGUAGAUUGCUUUUUCAACUUGCACAACUACAUACACUUGAAAAAGACUUAGUAUCUGCAUGUGACCUUCUUGGAGUAGGAGCAGAAUAUGCUCGGGUGGUAGGAUCAGAGUAUACCAGAGCACUGUUUCUGCUAAGCAAGGGGAUGCUUCUUCUAAUGGAACGAAAGCUGCAGGAGGUGCACCCUCUCCUUACCCUUUGUGGGCAAAUAGUUGAAAACUGGCAAGGAAACCCCAUCCAGAAAGAGUCAUUACGCGUGUUCUUCUUAGUCCUGCAGGUCACGCAUUACCUGGAUGCUGGGCAGGUGAAAAGUGUGAAGCCAUGCCUGAAACAGCUUCAGCAGUGCAUCCAGACCAUCUCCACGCUGCAUGACGACGAAAUUCUGCCCAGCAACCCCGCUGAUCUCUUUCACUGGCUGCCCAAGGAACACAUGUGUGUGCUUGUCUACUUGGUGACAGUGAUGCAUUCCAUGCAAGCAGGGUACCUGGAGAAGGCUCAGAAGUACACAGACAAAGCACUCAUGCAGCUAGAGAAGCUAAAAAUGUUGGACUGCAGUCCGAUCUUGUCAUCAUUCCAAGUUAUUUUGUUGGAACACAUCAUCAUGUGUCGGCUUGUCACGGGACACAAAGCCACAGCAUUACAGGAGAUUUCACAAGUCUGUCAGCUCUGCCAGCAGUCUCCCAGACUGUUUUCUAAUCACGCUGCCCAGCUGCACACUCUAUUAGGGCUCUACUGCAUUUCCGUUAAUUGCAUGGACAAUGCAGAAGCACAAUUUACUACAGCACUGAGGCUCACUACACAUCAAGAACUGUGGGCAUUUAUCGUGACAAACUUAGCCAGUGUGUACAUCAGGGAAGGCAACCGGCAUCAAGAGCUUUACAGUUUAUUGGAAAGGAUAAAUCCAGACCAUAAUUUUCCUGUGAGCUCUCACUGUCUUCGAGCAGCUGCUUUCUACAUCCGAGGUCUGUUCUCCUUCUUCCAAGGAAGAUACAACGAGGCAAAGCGAUUUUUGCGAGAGACGCUGAAAAUGUCAAAUGCAGAAGACUUGAAUCGAUUAACAGCCUGUUCUCUCGUACUCCUGGGUCAUAUAUUCUAUGUGUUAGGGAAUCACAGGGAAAGUAAUAAUAUGGUAGUACCAGCCAUGCAGCUUGCAAGCAAGAUACCAGAUAUGUCUGUGCAGCUGUGGUCUUCAGCUCUGUUGAGAGACUUGAACAAAGCCUGUGGAAACGCCAUGGAUGCACACGAGGCAGCACAGAUGCAUCAGAACUUCUCACAACAGCUCCUCCAGGACCACAUCGAAGCGUGCAGUCUUCCAGAACACAAUCUAAUCACGUGGACAGAUGGACCACCUCCUGUACAGUUCCAGGCACAGAACGGACCCACCACCAGCCUGGCCAGUCUCCUGUGAAACAGAAUAACUAUCAGGACAGUGUGUUUAAAAAAAGAAAGAAAAGAAAAAAAAAUGCCAAAAAAAGGAGAGAAAAAAAUAUCCAUGCGUAAUCUUUUCUUCAAAGAGAAGGCAGCAAAUUCCUCUUCUAGUGAGGGCCUUGUAGGAAACAGAUUGCAUAAAGACAACGUACAUUUCAUAGACUUGCAAAGUGAGAAGGGCAUUUUAAGCUGCUUUUUACAUACGUGUGUGAAUAUACAGCUAGUGUGUAUAUACCUACUGGUUUUAAUCUGCUUUCCUGAGAAUUAAGGUUUAGUCCAAAGGACACUUGUUCCUUAAAUUGUUAGAUACCUACUUCUUAAAAAUUGUCACAGGAAAUGGACUCACACAGUUUUAAAUACCAAUUGUACUCUAAAUAUUUAAACCUUCCCUGGAGUAUGAUGCAUGCCAGUUUUAAUGUUUUCUGCGCCCUUCCCGCUCCUGGGAAUAAUUGGAUUAAAUCAAGAUUGAUUGUAGGGUGCCCUAAAGUUCUCAGCUGAGUUUCUGAGGCAAUGUUCUUCUCAUUGCAUGCAAGUCGUUGCUGGUGCCAUUUGUAGCCUUGCAGUGAAGGUAAGGAUGAGACUGGAGUGCCGGCGGGCAGGGUGUUCGCAGCCGGGGGCUGCGUUUGCGUCCUCGGGGUGGACUCCAGGCAGAGCUCCAGACUUGCGCCGCGAUCAGAGGAGCAGGUUCCACGUCCUGGAUUCACGAGGGUGUGACGAUGUGCCACCACUUCGUCCCUGUGAGGGUCUGUUGUCUCCCUGCAUUGAUGGCGGGUCCCACACGGGGUAAGGCAGAACCACAGCUCUCUCCAUCUCUGCUGCUUUGUCGUGAUUUGUACGAAAGUCCUUGUCCUCCCGUCUAGUCCCUCCGUUGGCCGAGCAACUGGGAAACGGCAGUUUGCAUCUUUACUGCAGCCUCAGCAGGGGAAGGCAGUGUCCGUGCCUUAACGACUUGUAAAAGUCAGAGCUAAACUAGGUGGUGAAAACCCAGCUCCGGUGUAAGCCAGAGGCUUAUGAGAAAAGCUAAAUUGCAGUAUUGCCCUUGGCAAACACGUAACGCUUCCCAACUUCUCUGUGUUAGCUUUCCGCUGUGAAUUCUCACUGCAUUUGCCUGUGCCUCUGCAGCCAUCUCAAAACAGGAGAAACGAGGCCCAGGUUUCUCCUGCAGAAAGCAGUAUGAGAGAUGUUAAUUCCAUGAAGCAUCAGCAGCUUUAUAGCAAGGAUCUGUGCCAGUCCGUCGCAGCGCCAUGUAAACUUGCAAGGCUCGUUGGGCUGAAUAAAGGUGUUUUUCUCUCUUGGUAGCUCUGCAUAUUUAUCUACCAACUUAAAACGGGGAGGGAAGAGGAAUCUGACAGGAAAACUACUUGUGCAGGGCUUUCUGUGAUCGCUUCUUUCUCUGAGGGAGGAAGGGAAUAUUGUAGAGGAAGUAUUUGAUCCCCUUGAAUCUUCAGACUUUUUAUUGUAGAAGGAAUACUGUGAAAUCCGUUGUUAGUCACAGAAGGGUUUGGGUUGGAAGGGACCUUAAAGAUCCUCUAGCCCUGUCCCACUGGUCAUUCUUUUUCAAAGUCUUGUCCCCUGUCUAGCAACAGCUCACAGAGCCACUUGCUUUUUGUAAUUCACACACCUCACUUUCUACCACUGAAUGACCUUAAGGGGACACGUGCUCUUCCAAUUACCAAAAUGUGAUUUGAUUUUUUUUUAUUAGACAUGGGAUCCUGUUCUCAGAUGUCUGCUCUUGGAGAAGCCAUAUAUAUUUUAGGCCUUGUUAAGUCUCCAGCAGGGAAAAACUGACCUCAAUAUUGGUAUAAGGAGAGUCUUCUUAUUGGAAUUGCAAGGAAAAUAUUCAGUGCUGUUUAACGUCUCCUUUAGAAGUCAAAAAAUAGGAAAGUUGUGAGUUGGCACAGAGGUUAUUUGGAGGUACCAAGUACCAGAAUCCAGGCAGGUGGACCCUGUUCAGCAUCACUUGCUCAUAGAGUGUCCUGUGCUUGCCCGCGGUGCCCUGGCAGGCUGUGAGCAGCAGAGCUGACGGCCGGCCUGAUGCGGCGUUCCUGUGGAAGCUGCCUGGCUCGGAGCACCGGGGCAGGAGCCCAUGUCUGUGCCAGUGCCGCAGUGGCACCGUGAGGAGCGGGGUUCACGCUUGCUCCGCUUGGCCCGAGGCAGCCUGGCUGUGCUCAGGUGCCUGCCAGAGACAGCCCAACUUUGUAGGCUCAACAGCUGUCAAGUGCUUGGAUUUUGGUCAGGAAUGAUUGGGGAAAUCCUGCCUUGGGAAUAUUGAUAUCUCAUGGAGUAUUUUUAAGGUUUCCCCCCCCCCCCUUUUUUUUUUUUUUAAUGGGAAGCAGUAACUCUCUUUGGCUGUCCCCUCCUUAAGUCACUGAGUUGCAAGAACUCAGGACCUGUUUUUAAGAGCCUGAAUGCAGCAGCUGUUUCUGUGACGGUGCUGUUGGCAGCUGAGGCAUGACUAGGAACUGAGAAAUGUCAUAGAAGCACGGAAUGGUUUGGGUUGGAAAAGACCUUAAAGACCAUCUAGUCCCAGACUCUGCCAUGGGCAGGGACACCUCCCGCUAGCCUAGGUUGCUCCCAGCCCUAUCCAGCCUGACCUUUGGCACUUCCAGGGACUGGACAGCCUGUGCCAGCGCCUUGCCACCCUCACAGUGAAGAAUUUCUUCCCAAUAUCCAAAUCUUUCACCUUAAAAUCAUUUCCCCUUGUCCCAUCACUAGAUGUACUUCAAAGCUGCUAGAGUCCUAUCGAGGUAAUCCAGUCAUUCUCUCUUUUUUGUGUGUGUGUCUUCUAUCAUUCAAUCUGAGGCAGUUAUUUAACUGAUUACAUGCCCAUCACAGCUAUAAUAAACUAUUUUAAAUAUUGCCCAAAAAAAAGCGUUGCUUCCAUUAAAAAAAAAACGCACUCUAGAGAGCUGUGGUUUGGGCUGAAUUUAAGAAGAGCAUUUUGCAGCAAGCGAGAUGUCCACUGGUGCCUGUUCAGCUCCUGACCUUCUCUUGCUGCUCAGGGAGACCUGCGGGGCAGGAGAGUGACGUGCGGUGGCAGUUCCCCGGCUGCUUGCUGGUCGCCGUGUGCGGAGCAGCCUGCUUUGCAGCUCACAUCCCUUUUUGGGAGGGAAGGAAGUACUUGAGGGAAAGGCUGCCCGCUUGCUUCUGAUGUAUGUGCGCUCAGGUUUUGAAUGGGAAGCAUUUGCUAAAUGUGGGAGCUGAACUUGAAAUGUCAGGAGGAACAGCCUGGGGUUUCCCUGUCUGGGACAAACCAGCCUCACCUGGGCUGCGCUCACCCCCAGCCCCGUGGAGUCCAGAACACUGCUCCACUUCCAGAGUCCUCUUCCCAUCACAGAAUUUCACAAAUCAUGUAAAUUUGAAAAUAACUGGGUGAUUUUCUAUCUCUAAAAAUUCAAUGUACAUUUGUUACAAUGUACAGUGCUUUUUAAUUACACUUGUAUAUUAAAUUAUUUAAUAGUUUUUGCUUUUCAGUAUCUUUUGUAUGUAGCAGAGAUUAAAACAAGGACCUCAUAACUGAAGUUCUUCCUAAUUUUCAAAUGCGUAUGUAAAGUUGAACAGAAAACUAGAAGUUUACAGUUUACAAACAAUGUUCUGUUAAGUGCUUGGUCUGUCUAACUUGAUUUGAACAACAUAUUUCUAACUUUUUUUGUCCAAACAUUUAAUUCUCUAUAGAAACAACAUGAAGUCUUUUAUGAACUUCUAAAAAAAUUAUUCUUCUAAAGAUGUAAUUUAGAGAACUGUACAGUUUUUUCUCUAGUAUUUUUAAAUGAGUAGCAAGAACUUACACAGAAGCAUCUAAUCACUGUUUUGUAGAUAGUGUAAAAACUUAUAUAUGUAUAGAGAAUGCAGUCUGAAGAAGUGUUUGCCUGUUGUAUUUCAUUUCCUACAGUAUGACCAUCAGAAAGGCCCGUGCACACAGGAAAUCUAGAUCAAUCUGGGGGCUAGGGAAUUUAAAAAAAAAAAAAAAAAAAAAUCAUGACCUUCAUUCCCCAUCAUCCCAUACAUGCACUCACUGUGACAGCACGAGCAAAAAUUGACAUUGAUAAAAUGUUAGGGCCUUAAGUUGCUAUGCUGCCUGUGGACACAUGGAGUUCAGCACAAUGGAUUCCGUGCUACUUUACUGCUUUAAUUUUGAGUUUUCCCAAAUUCUCCAGAACAUAAAAUUACGAGAGGAGUUCAGUAAUGUCCUGCUUUACUCUAGAGAUUACUGACCUCCCUGAAUCACGCUGAAUUAGAUCAGUUGCCAUGAUGUACGGCGGCUCUUGCCACGGUGGCAAAGAGUGAGUGAGAAGGAAAUCGUGUUGGUAGUUUAGGCUGUACAGAACACUUGGAGAAAUCAGGAUGAAAGAACACCUGUCUGUGCUCUUCUACUGUCUGUCUUAGCAAGUGUAUUUAAUUGUUUCCUGCAGUGAACCUUUAAAUGUUAUGUCAGGUUUGUACAAUGUAUUGUUCAGUGUUUGUAGUUCUCCGUAAGUAGCAGGAUGUGUACCUUCUGCCAGUGCUCCUUCCUGAAGCUGUAAAUACAGUAACUCCUGUAAUGAGACGGAAUCGGGGGCAUUUCUUUGUUGCCUUUGUUUUCCGCUCGUUUUCUAUAUUAGAAGAAUUUUUAAAUAAAGUUUAAUUUUACUUCUUCUA